CCGCCAGCUCCCGCGAGCGCCGAGCGCGCGGCACCCGGGCUGUCCUGGGGGCUUCAGUCAGAGGCGCCGCCCAAGAGACCCUGGGCCGGCGCCGGGCGCAGCUGCCUCUCCGCGUUUGCCUGUCCGUCUUUGUGUCUGUCUCUGUGUCUGUCUGGCUGUCUCCGAGCUUGCCUCCACUUCCAGAACCAAGGCACCCGGACAUCAACAUCCUGAAAACCCCAGCCCCUUUCCCAUGGCAGGCUACUUGCCCCCGAAAGGCUACGCCCCUUCGCCCCCACCUCCCUACCCUGUGACCGCUGGGUACCCGGAGCCGGCGUUGCAUCCUGGGCCCGGGCAGGCACCAGUGCCGGCCCAGGUACCUGCCCCUGCGCCAGGCUUCGCUCUCUUCCCUUCUCCCGGCCCCGCGGCCCCGGGGUCUGCUGCCCCCUUCUUGCCACUGCCAGGAGUGCCUUCUGGUCUCGAAUUCCUGGUGCAGAUUGAUCAGAUCUUGAUUCACCAGAAGGCUGAGCGAGUGGAAACGUUCCUAGGCUGGGAGGCCUGUAACCGGUAUGAACUUCGCUCAGGGGCCGGGCAGCCCCUGGGUCAGGCGGCAGAAGAGAGCAACUGCUGCGCCCGUCUAUGCUGUGGUGCCCGCCGGCCACUGCGUGUCCGUCUGGCUGACCCUGGGGACCGGGAAGUGCUGCGUUUGCUACGCCCUCUCCACUGUGGCUGCAGUUGCUGUCCCUGCGGCCUCCAGGAGAUGGAAGUACAGGCUCCACCAGGCACCACCAUCGGCCACGUGCUACAGACCUGGCAUCCCUUCCUCCCUAAGUUCUCCAUCCAGGAUGCUGAUCGCCAGACAGUCCUGCGAGUCGUGGGACCCUGCUGGACCUGUGGCUGUGGUACAGACACUAAUUUUGAGGUGAAGACGAGGGAUGAGUCCCGAAGUGUGGGCCGAAUCAGCAAACAGUGGGGGGGGCUCCUCCGAGAAGCCCUCACAGAUGCUGAUGACUUUGGCCUGCAGUUCCCGCUGGACCUGGACGUGAAGGUGAAGGCUGUGCUACUGGGAGCCACAUUUCUCAUUGACUACAUGUUCUUCGAGAAGCGAGGAGGUGCCGGGCCCUCUGCCAUUACCAGUUAGAGGUCACCUCGGUGUGAGGAGACCAUCGCCUCAACCAGAACUCAAGAUGGUCACCUGCCCUGGCCCUUCCUCAGAGGCAGCCCCGUUCCUCCGUGUACACUGCAGGGGACAGAUGGGGGAGCCCCAUCCCUACCCUACUUCUUGGCCUCCUGCCCCUGUGGUCCCCACGGAAGGGUAUGUAUGAGAGCCUUCCCCUGCUACCUCCCACCACUGUCCCAGCAGUCCCUCAGCACACAGGCAUAUAGGCUUUCAAACCUUCCCUACCCACCACCUCCCACCCCCUUCCAGGACCUCUGCUCCAGAGGAGGCCUUUGGAACCCAGGACUCUGGAGUUGUACAACAGGGCUGGGGUAGGGAAGGGCAAGCAGCACCAAAGAUGGCAGAUGUAGUCACCCUUCCCCUGCAUCAGCUUGGCCAAUUAGUUCAGCCUCAGACCAUGGCACUUUGAGAAGGUCCCCACCUCCCUACCAACAGCUGUAGUGGUGGGGCCCCAGUGCCAACUUCCUCUCCCCCUUGGGCCCUGCCCACAGCUGGUGCUUGCUGCAGCUUCCUGUGCCUUAUUUAACCACCCCUUCCUUCUCUUGCCCCAGGAAGGAGGCUGCAUCUUUGUAUGUUAUGUUCAUAUAAACUUUGUAACUUUUUGGACAUUG